AACAAAAUGGCGAGGACUAAUGGUUUUAUUUUAGCACUUUAGACACCUUUAUACGCUUUACACUUUUAUUUUUUAUAACCCAGUCCGGUUACUUGUGUAAUCGGACAGUUUGACUUCCAAGGUAAAUAUGAUCCGUGGUCUUGUGCGGAGAUGAAACGACUGCAGAUCUUUAUAUCAAUUAUUACUUCUUUAUAAAUAACAAUAAUAGUAUUUUAUACUUUUAAACCCGUAUAAACCCCUUCUUUCCCACCGCAGUGAGCAGAGCUUCGGAGAAACUGAAACGGCUCAAAGUCCUUUAACCUGUUGAUAAUCUGAAGACUGGUUGAAGUUCAGCUCUGCGCUUAACCUUUCCCUUACAUUAAAUUAUGAGUUGUCACCGCCACUACAGCGGGAUACAGCCGUAAAGCGUUACGGCUUAUAAUUUGUUCUUGUACUGUAUAUUCGUCGGAGUUUCAGAUAAAUUACGUUGAAGCAGAUGCUCUUAAUUUACCCGUUUAAGGAGAACUAUCGGGGGACAAAAACCUAAAGCUGAGAUCUAAUAUAGCGAUUUGAAUGAUGGAACCAGAAGCGAAGCAGAAAGUGAUUUACAUCAUCUACCUCAUCGCAGCGCUGGACAUCACCUGGCUCUUUCUCCAGUUCUCCAUAACACCGUAUUUGGCGAGGAGGCUCGGGUUCGAUACUAUUUGGUUCGGGUAUCUGCAGACCACAGUCGGAGUAAUUCAGCUGCUUGGAGGCCCUAUUUAUGGAAGGUGUGCAGAUGUGUUCGGAGCACGCGCAGCUCUCACUGUGUCUUGCUUGGCAUCAGUGGUUUAUUUCCUACUGUUAACAGUGGCAGACAACACUUUUAUGCUUUUCGUGCACAAACUACCUGCUGUUUUCAUGCAUGGACUGCCAGGAGCUCAGAUGGUGGUUGCAGAUCUGUCAGAGAAUGAGAAGCGAGCAGAUGCUCUUGGGAAACUCGGCCUCUGCUUUGGCAUUGGCAUGAUCGCAGGAUCAUCACUGGGUGGGACCCUCAGCACACGCUUUGGGGAAAAGUUUGCAGCAUCGUUUGCGGCUGUCGGAAGUUUUGUUUCUUUGCUGUUGGUGUUGAACUUCAUCCCUAAACAGACUAAAAUACAAACCAUGCCAGAGAGUAACAAGAAGGGAUCAUCAAAUUCCGUGUUUAAUCUGGGGGAGAUCACUAGACUGAUGAAGUUUCCAGGUGUUGCAAAGACUUUUACAGUGAAGAUUAUUUCUGGAUUGCCAGCAGGUAUAUUUCAAGUUAUGUUCUCCAUCAUUGCCAUGAACUUCUUCCAACUGAAGGCAGAGCAGAAUGGCUAUCUGAUGGCUUACUUUGGCAUAGUACAAAUGGUAAUCCAGGGUGCUGUAAUUGGGCGUCUUACGUCUAGAUUUUCAGAGUAUUCUUUAUUGCUGCUCUCUGUUGGGAUAUCCAGUUUAGUGGGCCUUGCACAGGCUAUGAUGACCAAUGUAUUUCAUUUUUGUUUAAUCGUAGUGCCGAUGAUGUUUUCUCUAAGUGUCUUCAAUGUCAUCACAGAUAGCAUGUUGACCAAGAGUGUGUCUCCGUCUGACACAGGAACCAUGCUGGGUCUGUGUGCGUCGGUGCAGUCUCUUUUGCGAACUGUGGGCCCAACCAUUGGAGGAUUCCUCUAUGAGACAUAUGGUGUGCCAUCCUUCGGAUACAUCCAGUGUGUCAUUAAUGCUGCUGUCUUUAGCCUUCUACUAGCCACCGGAGGGCGCUCACAGCCACACAGACCAUAAAAAUUGUGAAAAGGGUUGUUUCAUGGCCACACUGUAUGACAGAGGGCAGUUUACAACAAACCAUGGGCAUUGAACUUACCUCCUCACACACUGGGGAAGGACUUAACCCAGCUGAUCUCAGUUUUGUUAAUACCACAAACAUUCAAAAUAUCUUAUGUUACUGUCAAGUUACUCCACUUUAUAUCACAGGUUAGCUCAGGAUUGUUUUUUUAAUGAAGUUUCAUAUCUUAAAAAGGAGCUGGCAUGUAAAUGUCUACUGUAGGUCAGUACAAAGAAGCGCAAUAUGCUUUUAUCUGUGGCAUUAGGGUAGUUUAAACAAUCCCAUAUUAUAGAGUAAUUAUUCAUUAUAAUAAUGUUGCAGUUAUAAGACAUCAUGAAAAAGAACAAAAUUCAAAAUAGAUCAUUUUGCAUCUGAAACUUCUUUUGUUUUUUUCUCUCUCUCCAUAUUUAUCUUGUUCUUCUGCACUGCAACUCCUGCCAAGUUCUUCAAGAUCGCCCAAACUGUGAGAUUCAAUGUGCACAUUUUAUUAUAUGACACUGCUCUAAUGCUGGAUAGCACCCCUUUUCAAAUCUCGAGUGAAAUCUGUCCACUCUUUUCCAUGUUUAGCUUCACAGCACAUGCUUAUUAGUCCAGCUGCACAUGUUCACAUCACUGGUACAUAGAUUCUGACUUUUACUCUGUUCCUCACAACAAGGUGGAUUUAAGUUUCCAAAAAUAAUGUUUCAAGAAUGUUCUUUAUUAGGCAGACGUUAAGCAGAAUGCACUAACAGCUUCAGUUAAAAUAUACUUUCGUUGCAUCUUUUUUUCAUACAGGUGCAUCUCAAUAAAUUAGAAU